AUGGUGUGGCGACAACCUACAGACCACAGUACUGACUGCUACUCCUGUUCUGUGAUUGUGAAGGGAUUUAACGGCUCGGCCCAGUCCACGGUGGCGGAAGUGACGCUGCCGCCGCGCUUCCUGUCGCGAGGACAGACCUUCCGGGUGGUGGCGGGCGACACGCUCGUGUUGCCCUGCGAGGUCGAGGACCUGGGUGAGUCGCGCGCCUGCGCACAUGGCCUUCUUUCUUUCUUCGCUCGGCGCCAGUGGAGCUUUGCCUGCGGAUGGGCAAAGAAAAAAUAA